CUAGCCUUUUGAUGAGUUUGUUCAUCACAAACUUUUGAUUCAUUGAAAACCCUUUUCCUGUUGUUUAAUAAUUGAGGGUGUUAGAAGAUUAUUAGAUCUAUCAAUUUUGUUCAUUAAAACUGAUAAGUAUUUCAAAUUGUAGGAAAACUCUGGCCCUAAGAUAUCUGAUUGAUUUGAUUGAUUACACUUGGUUUGCAAUAUUUAUAUAUUAAUUUUGUGAUUAAGGUUUCAUUAUUCAUUGUUGUAAUGGGAACUUUGCUGCUGGGCCAAAUUAAGAAGCAGGCAUCUUCUUUUCUUCAAGAGAAAUACAGAAGUGCUAGGCUGGUCUUAACCGAUGUUACUCAAGCUGAACUUUUGGCUGAGGAAGCAACAAAUGGUGACCCAUGUAGCCCAGAUACUAGAAUAAUGAAUAAAAUAGCUGAGGCUUCUUUUGGGAUUGAUGAUUUUUGGAGAAUUGUUGAUAUUCUUCAUCGGAAGUUCUACAACGUUGAUUGGAAGCAAUGGAGGCAAUCCUACAAAUCUUUGAUAGUUCUUGAGUUCUUACUAACACAUGGUCCCGAAGAUUUUGCCAGAGAAUUUCAAUGUGAUGUAGAUGUUAUCCAAGAGUUGGGAUCGUUUCAGUACACAGAUGAGAGAGGGUUCGAUUGGGGGCUUAAAAUGCAAAAGAAAUCAGAUGAGGUACUUAAACUUCUAGGUGAAGGACCGACAUUGAAACAAGCUCGUCUCAAAGCUCUCAAAAUAACAAAAGAAAUCCAAGGUUUUGGAAACCCAAUUUCUUCGCCUAAUUCCGCGUUAUCUCCUCCGGGAUCAUCAACCUCUACAUCCUCAAGAACUUCAUCUUUUGGUUCAUUUUCUACAUUAUUCAAUAACAAUCAUGAUCACAUGAGUAAUGACCUUCCAAUUAAACUAGUUUCACCCAAAAAGGAACCAGCUGCGGAGAGGUAUCCAGAAGGUGUAAUUAGAGAUAAUGUCAAUGAGAAAGAUCAUUGUUUGUGGACACCACUUUCAAAGAAUGGAAAUGUUGAAGGAAAACACUUAUGGACUUGUCCUCAAAGUGAAGAAAAAGGUUCUUUACUUAAAGGAGAAGAUGAUGAUCAUGAUCAUGGUGCAUAUGAGAAUAUUACUAAUAAUUUGGUUAGUAAAAAUAUGUACACGAGGAUUGAUAGAGUUAGAAAUCCAGGAAGUCAUGGAUUCAAAAGCAUUUCUGAUGUUGGAAAGAGGAUGAAGAAGAAGAUUGAUCGACAAUUUUCACUUUGGUAUUAAUUAAGUGUUAAAAACUAUUUUGGUCCAUUUUGGUUGUGAAAUCAUGUUAAUAUUGUACAAGUAAUUAAUCUUAAUUAUCUUAUAUAUAUGACAAAGUUUGUUGUU